AAAACUCCGUCUUUGAAAAAGGUAGCCCGAAAAUCGGAUGCCCCAAGUGUUUACCCUGUUUGUACUCCAACGGCAAGUCUUACAAGCUAGCCAGAUUGUCAAAGUGUGUGAACCAGUGACAACUUUUAAUGGGAAAAACCCAAAAGACAAAAUCUGGACACGUUAAAAUUAUAUCUGGUCACAAAAGAAUGGAGGAAUUGGGUGACCCAGUGUGCUUUCCUCACAUAGGGCUCCCAGUUGUAUGUUUGUAAUUUCUGUCUUAUUUUGAGGGUUGUUUUCGCGAAAUGCACACGGCAAACUCGAAACACUUAUAUCUCACUAACAGUAACGAAAAAACGCCGGGAAAAUGCCUCAAUAGUUUGUACUCAGAAUUGGUGUCGUGAAAGUACCACUGGCAAAGAUAUACAAAUCUAUUUUUAGAACAACACCGAUGACUUGCUCGGCGCUCUUGGCUGAGGCUGUCGUGUGUCCUGACCCGCCGUUUCUAUAUGGCCCCAGAAUUUUUUGGACUUAAAUGCCAGUUUAGGAAAAAAAAACCUUGGAACUUGUCAUAUCUUUUAAAACUGGUCCACAAUUGCAAGAUAUGUGGAAAGCAUAAUAAUAUCAAUAAAUUAUGCUAUAAAAUGUGUUUCAAGAUUUCCCCUCCUUGUGUUUCUUGUGACAUGUAAAACGCUCAACCAAAGUUGUUAAAUCAGCAAUCGUUCAUGUCAGCGAGUUUUAACUUUCGAACACGCCAAUCUGGGUACCGGUACUUUCGAUUCCACGAAUUUCACGCAACAAUUUUAACUUAACAAUGGCCUCUCUGUCUCAUCGGUCUCACCGUCAAAGACAAAAGCCAAUGAGUUAUGGCUUGAGAAUGCUGGAUGCAGCUCUUCAAAAGCACAAGGCCCCUACUACUCAUGCUGACCAGCAAUCUUCAUCUACUUCAAAAUUUGACCCCUUUGAUGUAAACCCAGAAGACCCUUUUGAUGUUAAUCAAGAAUGCCCCUUUGAUGCGAUCCCAGAAAGCCCUAUUGAUCAUGUGAACCCAGAGUACUUUGUGGGUGGAUCCAAAUCAAUUAUCAGCAAAGCACAAGCUCAACUAUAUGAGGAGGAUUUGGAUAUGGAUGAUGAUGGUGACAUUGAUUAUAUACCACAACCUGAAACUGAUAGUGAAAGUGAAGUGGAAAUUCCUAUGCAGGAUACCGGUACUAGCCCUCCAGAGUGUGGAAGUCAGGCCGAAAGCCCUAAUGCAGAAAGCAAACAGAAUGAGCCGAUUGACAAGAAGAAACCAAAAAGGCUUUGCAAGUAUUGCAACACAUGGAACUCCCAUCUAACACGUCACUUGAAGCGUAAGCACAAGGAUGAAGAAGAAGUUGUUCUUGCUCUCAAGUUACCCAAAAAAGACCAGGAAAAGGCAUUUGGAGCGCUGAAGAGGGAAGGCAUUUUUAUGGCCAAUAUGAAACGUCUUGAAUCAGACAAAAGUGCCCCUCUUAUUAGAGAAAGAAGCCAGGGUGUUGGUGAUACUGUUUUGUGCUCUGGAUGUAGGGGUUUUUAUGAUGCCAAGAGCAUCUUUAAACACAAACGGCUAUGUGAAAAAAAUUUGUCAGACCUUUCAAAGACAAUAAAGUUGAAUGAAUUGUCAGAUAAUGCAACUCUAGCUGGAGUUGAUAGUGACUUCAAAGAAAACAUUCUUGAUAGGUUCAGAAAGAAUGAAGUGGGAGAGAUUUGCAGGACAGAUUUUGUGACACUUUUGUUUGGGAAGAAACAGUGGGCUAAGUCCGUUAAAAAAGAAAGAAGUAUUACAAUGUCAGAAAUGAGGGUUCUAGCUAAUCUAAUUUUGAUAUUUAGACAGGAGUGUGGUGAUGAGAAAGCAUCUGGACAUGACAUUUUAGAUUACAGAUGGUUUGAUUUUCUGGAAAAUGCAAUUAAAAAAAUGUGUGCAAAGGACUGUGGGCAGGACAAGGCUGGAUUGAAGGUUAGAAUCGGUUUUGUUCUCAAAAGAGCAGUCAAAGUUAUGAGAGGUUUUUUUGUGAUGAAGGGAGACACAGAAAAAGAAGCUGACAUGUCAAGAUUUUUGAGUGUCUUGGAGCUCAACUGGGAUUUCAUUUUCUUCACUUCUCAAGUUGAGUGUGAACAGAGACGAGGUGGGCUCCGAAAGCCCUCAGCUAUGCCUGAUGAGGAAGACAUUUCUAAAUUCAGGACAUUUAUUUUGGAUGCAAUGAAAAACCAUUUAGAGCAGUAUGAACUAUGGGACAAGCACACUUUUGUCAAGAUGAGAAAUCUGGUGGUGGCACGACUUACAAUGUUUAAUGCUCGAAGAGGGGGUGAGCCUGCAAGAUUGACAUUGAAUGAAUGGAAAGAAGCAUUGACUGGUGCUUGGAUUGAUCCCAAUUUAGUUGAAAAAAUUGACGACCCUAUGGAAAAGCACCUUAUUGAAAAUCUGAAGCUUGCUUAUCAGUCAGGCAAAGGCUCAAGAAAGAUGGUCCCAGUUCUCAUUACAGAAGACACUCUUGAACCCAUCGCAAAGCUCCUAUCUGAACGAAGCAACUGUCAAGUCUCAAAACAUAAUGUGUUCCUUUUUCCCAAUACUGGUAGUUCCCUUGACCAUGCAAGUGGUUAUCAUUGUUUGAAAUCUGUCGUGGACAUCUGCCCAAGCCUAAACAAACCAAAUCUCCUGAUUGCUGACAAAUUUCGACAUAGAGUGUCUACCCUUUAUGCACAACUUGAACUGCCAGAGGAGCAGAGAGAUAUUUUUUAUCGUCACAUGGGACACUCUGAAACAAUCAACAAAAAUGUAUACCAGUGUCCUCUGGCUGUCAGAGAGGUGACCCAAGUAGGAAAGUUCCUCAUAAACAAUGAUGGGAGAGGAUCCUUGGUACAGACAAACACUGAUCAAGGGGGAACUUCUUAUAUUAGGCAGACUUGUGAGACGGAUAAUCUGACUAAUGAAGUAACCACACAAGAAGAUGUUUGUCAGAAUGUUUCUCAGGCUGAUGAAAUGACCUUAGAAGAGGAUGCUGGUCAGAAUGAAUUAGCGCAAAGGGCAGAGUCAGUUUCCAAGAGAGCAAGAAGAUACACUCGAUGGACUGAGGAAGACUGUGCAUUGAUAAAAACUCACUUCAAACACUACAUUACUGAUACUUCCAAUAAGGGGAGGCUGCCAGGGAAGAAGGAAGUUUUGGCAUUUUUGGAAAAAUACAAAAUUUUGGAGGGACACAAUGACAAGAUUAGUCUUGUCAAAAGUAAAGUUUUUAAUGAGAAGACAAAAUACAGAAAUGGAAAGUUUAAGAAAAUGUAAAACGUAAAAGAUUGCCUAUAUGCAUUCUGAACUCAACAUUUUAAGUCUCAUCGGGAUAAAUAGCAUGAAGAAGACAAGCAAAUCAUACAGUCAAACCUGUCUGUAACGGAAUCCAUUGCAAUCGUUGUUUUGGUAAAGCGUGCAACAUCUGUGACAGAUAGAGAUUACUUUGGCAUGGGAUGAGACCAAGAGUGGUGUAGGACCAAUAAGUACAAACAAACAAUAAUACAAAUCCCAUUUUUUUUCCACCACUUUUCAUUAAACCUGAUAGUAAACCUGUCUUACGUGUCCAUUUUGAUGACCUAUGUGUGAUGCUUUCUCUUCAUAUAAUCUCAUCAAAACUGUGAUGAUAAAACCUGACUUAAAUUUAAAUGUCCAUUUGUAUGACCUAAGCGAUGCUUUCACCUCAUAAUAAUAAUAAUAAAAUAAUCUUUAUCAAAACUGUAUGAUGUUAAAAGCUGACUUAAGUGUCCCUUUGGAUGACCUAUGUGAUGCUUUUUCUUCAUAUAAUCUUCAUCAAAACUGUGUGAUGAUAAAAGCUGUCUUAGGGGGUCCCUUUGGAUGACCUAUGUGAUGCUUUCUCUUCAUAUAAUCUUCAUCAAAACUGUGUGAUGAUUAAAGCUGUCUUAAAUUUAAAUGUCUAUUUGUAUGACCAAAGCGAUGCUUUCUCUUCAUAAUAUAAUCUUUAUCAAAACUGUAUGAUGAUAAAAGCUGACUUACGUGUCCCUUUGGAUGACCUAUGUGAUGCUUUCUCUUCAUAUAAUCUUCAUCAAAACUGUACUGGUGUUGAAAUUUGUUUAUCUCGCCUCAUUGAGUUGACUUGAUAUAUGAUAUGUAGUCAGCAGUUGUCACUUUUGUUUUUAAUGGUUUAUGUAGACUUUCCCUUGGCAAUAAAAUGAAUAUGCAAUCAAAGUAAAGCUUAUCAGAAUUUGGCAUUUUCCUUUCCUUGUUUCUGAAAAACUAUUGGUCAGUUCGGACAAACAACAGUAGGCCUUUUCAAACUACAUGUACAUCGCAAGUAGGAAAGGAAAAGUUUGUGUAGGUGUCAAUAUUUUCUAUUUCUUUGCAGCAUGUGUAGAGUGCAAUGUGAACCCGUACAGCUGUAGUUUUAAACUUGUACAAGAAGCAUUGAAGUUAGCAUCAAGUCCUUCAGUUGGAAAUUUCAAUAAUGGACAAAAUGGGAUUGAUUUGAAUUUGACAAACUUAUCAGGGAUACCUAACAAACUUUUCACUAAGGGAGUUUUCUCACAUUAUGCACUAAAUGCUUUUAAUGCAUGGUCACUUUCCACUGUCAUAGAAAUUGCAUGUUACUUACUAGUCCCAUUUUAUUUCAUCAAUCAAUAAUAAAUGCAAUAAUUAUCGUGUCAUAAAUCUUUGUGUUAUAGUUAUUGUUUCUUGUUGGUGUUGUUGCUAUUGUUAUAAACUGUACAAAAACUAC